GAGGAGAGGGCGGUCUUCGCUCUUAGCGCUUUCCGCCUUGCUUCUUCAUUUUGGAAAUCGUUGAGGGUUUUCUUUACCCGUGUUUGCGACGUUAGUGCCGAUUUGCCUUCGCCAGAGGACCGUCGAGCUCGACUGUCGUCGGCCCCUUUCCAACCCUAAUAAUAAUAAUAAUUAUCAUUUGUUAUUGUUUCUGUUGUUUCUGCUGCUCCUCAGGGGCACCGCUACUCGUUGUGGCCUGCGGCGCAAAAAGGGCAGCGGGUACUGGACAGUGCUAGGAGGGUGGCUAGGACAAGGGUGCGUGCUUCGUUAAAGAAAAAAAGGCACUGUUCUCUUCUACUUUGUAAGAUCCAUAGGUAUAGACACACACACACACACACCACUGAAAGAGUUUUUGCGGUGGAAGCUUCUUCACUCUUCCUCUCUUCCACGCCUCUCCUCUCCCUCCUCAAAAAAGAACGAUGUCGUCUUCUGGUCUUUCAAGGGAGGCGAAGACGGUAGCGCCGCCUACCACGGUCAAGCACAAGCUCGUUCUCCUCGGCGACCAGUCUGUCGGCAAGACCAGCAUUAUUGCGCGAUUUAUGUAUGACACCUUCGACCAGCAGUACCAGCCCACCAUCGGCAUCGACUUCUUUAGCAAAACAGUCCACCUCGAGGACGAUCGCGAUGUGCGGCUGCAUCUGUGGGACACGGCCGGGCAGGAGCGCUUUCACUCCCUCAUCCCGAGUUACAUCCGGAACAGCGCGGCGACGGUGGUGGUGUACGACAUCACGGCGCGUUCCUCAUUUUUCAACGCCUUCAAGUGGAUUGACGAGGUCCGCACGGAGAGUGGCGCGGACGUGGUGAUUAUGCUGGUGGGGAACAAGGUUGACAUGGCCUCCGAAAAGCGAGAGGUGAGCGUGGAGGAGGCGCUGAAGAAGGCAACAGAGUGCAACGUCCUCUUCACGGAGGUUAGCGCGAAGCACGGGACAAAUAUAAAGCAGAUGUUCCGCCAGGUCGCGUCGGCCUUGCCGACCCCUGAGCAGGCGAUGAGCGGCGGCAACAACAAAGACGGCGAUGACGGCGCAACAGCGUCCUCGCCGUCCCGCGCCGGUGGGGCUGGCGGGGCAACCGACGGACAAGAUGGACAUGUUGAGUCUGGCGCGGCUGGCCAGUUUGGUGGGGUGGUGCGGUCACCCUUUCUUCUCACCCCGUCAGCGAUGCAGACGGCCAGCACAAGCGUGGGUGGUGGGGUGAGUAGCACGAGCAGAGAUGCCGCGAACGGCGGCGGCGGCAAUGGCUGUUGCUGA